UGGCAACCGAUAACCGUCUGACUCUCUCUUCACGGUUCCUGAGGGAAUCGAUCUCCCAACUGCAGGGGCCGAAAAGUCCGACCCUUAUCUUCCACCCGCACAAUGUCAGCUGCAGGAAAUGGGGAGCUCCAUCAUGUUCGCAGUUUGGCAUGCAAGAGGCCCGUUAUCGCUCGGAGCAACCUGCCCCACCACGUGAUGGGCCUCCAUCCGAAAGUCGGGCGAUCUGAGCUUGACAGGAUCAAGCAAUCAAGGAUCCCCCAUCCGGUGUCUCCGCGGCUUGGCUCCUCUCAGAUCCAGUUCAGGGGACAUUGACUACGUAUGUCUUCUCAGAUAAAUGCAUUUUCGAACCCCCCCCCGACGCAUUACCUGUCUCAAGGAGGGGGUCAUCUUGUCCCAUGGCCAGGCAUUCGUGCAUGUGA